AUGUUGACUACAAGAGUGGAUUCGUUCUCCAGUGAUGACAGUUACGAUGACGAGAUACUAAGGCUUGCUCGAGACCCGGAGUUGAAUCGGCAAAAGAACAAAACCUCGCGAUUAAUCCUGCUCAUUCUGGGGUUCUCAAUAGCUGAGAGAAAAGUAUCGCGUCUUUGCCAGCUAUCACUUAAAAUCCUUCAAACACUCGAGAAAAUAGAGUUAAACCUCAAAAACUGGGCCUUCUUAUCCCUUGAUAUCAACUCUUCAAACCAUUUCGAUGCCUCCAACACGGAUGAAAUCAAACUAUUCAAUACAAACGUCAGUGUCCGUGUUUUGGCAACAUGCCAGGACUUAACUGUCAAGCUCAACAAGGUGUCUGCAGACAUCGACUUUAUCACAAAAGCACUGCGAACAUUAACUCCUAUCGAGUACAUCAGUGAUAGUGGCACUCUUCUUACGUCGCUUACUCUCCGAAGCAUCCGUUUGAAGGAUGAGCUCCGACGUAAAAUAACUAUUGCAUACCUGAAAGCCACACUAAUCACAAUUGGAAGUGAUCUAGAGACAAUGCUCUCCGAUGGCUUGGAAGAACAACUAGCCACGGUAUCAUCUUAUAAACAAUUUGUGGUGAGUUUGCUUGAUCAAUUAAAUCAGGCCAUCGAGGAGGAGAAUGACGAGGACGUGAACGAGUGCUUCGCCGUAAUCAGUGAUAUGGAGCAAAUGUUUGAAGUAUUCAAACUUGAAACGGCACAGAAAGCUAGACAGGAAUUGGUUCCAGUCAAAACCUCUGGGGAAGAGACUUCACCCCUUCUGGAUGAAUCAGUUGAUGGUAGCGAAUUCUCUGUGUCUGAGGAGCCAAAUUGGCCAUCACAAGCAAGCUCUCAGCUGUAUCUGCGUCCAAUUGUUCGUUCAAUUACCAAACCUUCCACUUCAGAGACAGCAAGCCAUCACAGAAGUGGCCUGGUCUCUUCAUUCGCAUCCACAAGCAUCUUGCAGAAAUCCACCAUUUCGGAGGAGCUUCCUUACUUAAUGUCCGCUUUUAAUCUGGCAAAGACCUUAGAAGAAGACAUGCAUCAUUUCAAAGAUGAGGACGACACCGUCCCCUCUCCCAACGCUAGUGCGCCUCCGCCAGCCAGACCCUCAACAACAUCACAAAGUCAUUUCCUAGACCACAGCAGCAAAUUGCCACGAACCGCUCUAUAUUCAAACAGUCAAAUUCUCUCACAGCCAAUGUCGUCCCCGUCUUCGUAUCUUUACGCUAAUAACUCCUUGCUUUCAAAGUUAGGUAUCAAGCCGCAAGUUAUCAUAGCAAAUCUUCCAUCUCAUAUGAGUGAAAGCUCUUUGAGCUCCAGCGGAGAAUCAAAAUUUCUGAUUUCUCUGAGUUCCACAACAUUUGAUGAAAGCAAAGAGGAUGAGGCCAAGAAAGACGUCAAAGCAAUACAAGGGCGUCUCAUACCAUUGACAAAAGAGAACCUUGCAACUCAUAACUUGACCGCUUUGUCUACUGUGGAUAUAGAGUUGGGCGCAGACUAUGUUGAAUAA